AUGAGCAAAGUCGGUGGCCCUGAAAUCACAGAUGAAAUUCAAACCAGUGCGAGGAUCGACCUCAACCGCGCAUUGAACAAGCUCAUCGAGCCCAUGCAGACGCUGUGCUUACAAGCUGCUGAAAAGGAGAUGCCGCACUGUCCGGACUGGUCCUCGAUCGUCCUGUACCCUAGGGUAUUGGACCUGUUCUCCAGGAUGUCGGCGCGUGUCAUGGUCGGCCCUGAUAUCUGCGACGCAUGGCCUGCCAUCUUAAUGAAGUACAUCACCCGUGUUCUCGCCCCCCAGGGCGCCAUUCGGAAGAGGUACUGGCCCUCUCUCUAUUGGACGGCCUAUUACCUGAACCCGGAGGUAGCCCAGGUCAACGAGGCGCGCCGUGAGGCUGCAGAGCUCGUGCGCCCGGUGCUAGAGGCGCGGCAGGCCGCCCAUGCGUCCCUCGGUGCUGCGGCUGAGAGGCACCACGACUUCAUCCAGUGGAUCAUGGACAGCUGCCGCGCGGGCGGCAAGACCGUCACGCCGGACGAGACGGUGCAGAACAUCUUCAUCGUCAUGUUCGCGUCCAUGCACGGCACCUCGUUCGUCGCGCUACAGUCGCUGUUCAGCCUUCUUGGCACGCCCGGCGCUUUGGCUGAGAUCCGCGAGGAGAUUGACCCCACUGUCCAACGGUACGCCAUGACCGAAUACACGUUCAAAGACGGCCUCCACGCCCCGGCCGGGACCGUCGUGUCGUUCCCCAACCUGCGCCACAACCUGGACCCCAACCUGGUACCCCAGGCAGACACGUUCGACGGCAAGCGCUGGCUGCGGCGUCGCUUGGGACUCGACGUGAGCAAGUUCCAGUUCGCGUCCACGGCUGGGGACGCGUUUGACUGGGGCGGGGGGGCUGCACGCUACGACAUGAAGCUGACGGAGGGGGGGGCCGGAGCGGCCCGCGCAGUCGAGGCGGUUUAUGGAUUUGACGCCUGA